CUUAUCUUUCUUUGUUUACACAAAUUCGGUUGUGAAGCAGAUAUUUGUUCUCUCUCUAAAAGCUUCCCCUCCCUUUCUCUCUCUAAAGCUCUUUGAUCGAAAACUGGCGAUUCGAUCUCCUCGAUCUUCACGUCUUUAAUCAAGCCAAAUUUCUUUGAUAAAUCGAAGAAUUUGAAAGAAACUGAUUCUGAAGGGUUUUUUUUUUUUCUGGUUUCUUUUUGUGAAAAUUUUAUUUAAACUCAAACGAUGACUAAUUCAAGAAACCAAGAAUUUGUUGACGACCACGUGGAUCAAAACGGCGACGAAUCGUUCGAUUCAUCUGACGCGUCGUCGUCAAUCAACGGCGUUGUUGAGACCUCUAGCGUUGGAUCUGGAACAACCUCGAGACAAAUUGGUGAGAUAAGGAAUGAAAUCGGACUCACCGAACGAUUAACCGACAUAUUCGUUGAGGAAAACGACGGAGAUUUGUUGCUUCAACAGAGCGAUCGAGAAGAUAGGGUUCUGCAAUGGUUGCAAGCUUUAGAUAUGCAAGUAAUCGGCGCCUGUCGAACCGACGAAAGGUUAAAGCCUUUGUUGAAAGUCAACGUUUCAAACGGCCUUGCCGAGGAUCGAUUGUUAGCUCAUUUGAGUCAGCACUUUGAGCCAUCGGAAGUUGGUAUGCUGGCGAGGUGUUUUUGCAUACCUUUGGUUUCAAUUCGAGUUGGGAAGAUUAACAAACAAGGGACUCAUUUUUGCCCUACUGCUGUAAGGGGAAAUUUAAGUCUUACACUCUUGCCAACAUCUGACUUGCGCCUUUUGUUUGUCGGGGAUGAUGGUCAAACAGAACAACUGUUUACCUUAAGUUGCAAACUUCAGUGUGCUGCUGUUUCCAUCAAUGAGAUCCCAGCAGACAAUUCUGGACGAUCUUUCCUUGUGAAGAUACCUGAUGGCAAAGUUUUUUACUAUUGGUGCUCAGAGAAGUCAAAGCUCUUGGGUGUUGAAUUGCUCUCAAAGAUGAAGGAUUUAAUCAAAAGAAAACCAUCUAUUGCUGAAUUGACUGGAAUCAGCGAGUCACGACUAGGCUGCUUUGCAGUUCAGCUUCGUGCCUAUCUUCUAGGAUCAGCAGUGAGUAACACACAAGCAAGUUGUUCGGGUUCGCGUUCACCUAAUACUCCACUUGACACCAUUGAUGUGCACAAUGGACAAUCUUCAUCGAUGGCAUCAAAAUCUUUGCGAUACCGCCACUCUAGCAGCCAAGUACUCAAGGUGAAUUCACUUCAUCAAGGUAGCUUAAGUCCAAGAUCAAGUUCUUUCAAAGAGGGUUUGACACGAAAUUUGUCUUCACUGAGGAGCACUGCCAGGGAUAAGAUACGAAGGCGUGGGGAUAACCAUCUUUCAGUGAGUGAGAGCCUUACCACUGCUUCACCUAUUACAAAUGAUUCAUUAAGUUGCAAUCAAGCUGAAAAUGACAAGCUUCCAGAUGUCAAGAGUUGUUCAUUCACUCCAAACUUGUUGGAAUCACUUGGAAAACUUGCUGUUCCACCAACCUUAAGUUCUGUAUCUCAAGUUUCCUCCUUAGGACCACCUCUUUUUUCUCCCUAUUAUUGUUGGUGCCCCCCAGGAUCAUCAACUCUGCAACACUCAGCUGUUUCGGAGUUCCCAACCUCAUCAAUUGAAUCUCUUAAGCUUCCACCACUUUCUUCAAUAUUGCCAGCGAAUGGUGCUUCCAGCUUGUUGAAACCAACACCACCUCUUGAUCUGGCUGAUGUUCCUUCAUUGGACUUUCCAGCUUUCCUCCCAGAACCAUUGGUCCGAUUGCCAAUGGCAAGUUCACAGCAGAUUCCCACCUUCACACCUUUGAUUUGUGAUCCCAUUGUUCAUAUUCCAGUCAUUGAUGUUUGCUCUUCAGGACAAGGUUACUUGGUUAGUGCUGGUCCCACAAUUUCAACCACAAUUUCUCCACUGCAUCCUAAACUCGUGAACCCAUUGUUACCCAAUACCGAUUCCAUGGUAGAAAAGGGUGCCAGAGAAACUCUCCGGCUGCUCAUCAGUGGUUCAACUCAGAACAACCCUCCGUUGAUCGAUGUGUUUCCAGCAGUUCUGACCAAUGUUGAUGAGAACAAAGGAAUCUUUGUCGCCGGAAGCAGGGGCCUGUACGGUGGAACUAGAGACAUUAGUGCUAUAACAGAUGGCAUUGCUGCCAUGAGUUUCGUUACACUCUCUGCAAGCUCCAUGGGAGAUUGUUUUGUAAAACAUUGUAGCAGCAGCUGUGACUAUCCUGACUCAAAGCAGGUGGGAUCUAGCAGUUCGGAUGAAUCUUGUUCAGACGGAGAUGGUGCCAAACUUUCUGACACGAGAGAGGAAGGAACUAGCGAUUAAUCGGUGAUCGAUAUUUUUGUUUCCUGUUGUAGAUCUUUUUGUUCCUUAAAUGAAAAAUUGUAGAUAUGAAUCUGCGGUUUUGUUAAUUUUAAUUGUAAUUAGUCCCCAAUCUUUACCCCAUUGGGGGGAAUUUGUUUUCUUUGUAGUUUCCCUUUAGUUGGAAUAAGUUUCAUUAUUAGUUGAGGGUUUUUUUCGUAA